AUAAAGUAAAAAAUGGACUUUGAUCUAUGCGGCUCAGAUCAAGAUGCUGAAAAUAAAGUUGAUAGCGAUUGUGAUUUCGUAGACAAAGCGGAUGAAAGCUUGCUGAGGAAAUUGAGUGACCAGUAUGUGGAGUACCUCAAAUUGAUAAAAGACAACUGGUCAUCAUGCCAUGCCACAAAAGUGUUGUCAUUCGACCUUAUUAGGUAUAUAGUACCAAGGUUCAGGCAGCUCUCAGCACCCCUUAGAGUACGUAUACUGACCUCUUUCUUCUACCUCAAAGAUACACUGAGGUUAAGCGCCAGGCCUAAGCUCAUGAAGAUAAUAAACUACGCAGAAACUGAUGCGAACGAAUGGGUCCGGAAAAUGGGCCAGCUUGUUCAACCGUAUAUACUCAAUGGAAUGAUAGAUCUAAGGUCUAUUGACACCGAGACUGCAUUCAGGAUAAUAACCUUCCUGGACGAGCAUAAAGACCCCGAGAUGAACUACUACGCCAAGGAAGGCUUGGACGCCGUACACAUGUGUAAUGUAAAGGGUACUAUGACCAGACGGCAAACAGACAUGGCCAAAAAUAACGACGACGAGUAUACGCAGUACUAUCCGCAAAUGAACUUCGACAUUCUGGGGGAAACUAUCGUAAAAAGAGCCACUUCUCAACGGAUGCACUAGUA